UCGGGGAAGAGUACAAUCGUCAAACAGAUGAAAAUCAUCCACGAGGACGGAUAUUCGGAGGAGGAGUGCCGGCAGUACCGCGCCGUGGUAUACAGCAACACCAUUCAGUCCAUCAUGGCCAUCAUUAAAGCCAUGGGCAACCUGAAGAUCGACUUUGGAGAAUCCGCCCGAGCGGAUGACGCGCGGCAGCUGUUUGCGUUGGCGUGCACGGCGGAGGAGCAGGGGAUCUUGCCGGAUGAUCUGGCCGGAGUGAUUCGCAGGCUGUGGGCGGAUCCAGGCGUCCAGGUCUGCUUCCAGCGCUCCCGGGAAUACCAGCUCAACGACUCCGCCGCAUACUACCUGAACGACUUGGAGCGAAUCUCGCGGUCGGAUUACGUGCCGACGCAGCAGGACGUCCUGAGGACGAGAGUGAAGACCACGGGGAUCGUGGAGACGCAUUUCACGUUUAAAGAUCUUCACUUCAAGAUGUUCGAUGUCGGCGGGCAGAGAUCCGAGCGUAAGAAGUGGAUUCAUUGCUUCGAGGGGGUGACGGCCAUCAUUUUCUGCGUGGCUCUCAGCGCCUACGACCUCGUCCUGGCGGAAGACGAGGAGAUGGUGAGCAGAUGUGGGAUGGGGCCCCUAUGUCGGGAUGGGGCCCCUGUUAGGGUCAAUAUUGGCGCCCCUCGUAGGGUGGCAUCGCAUGUGCCCAGUGUGAGCGCCCCUCGUAGGGUGGCAUCGCAUGUGCCCAGUGUGAGCCCCCCUCGUAGGGUGGCAUCGCAUGUGCCCAGUGUGAGCGCCCCUCGUAGGGUGGCAUCGCAUGUGCCCAGUGUGAGCGCCCCUCGUAGGGUGGCAUCGGAUGUGACGGAGGUCUCGGAACCGCCAUCAGGAGCAUCUCCAAGGUUGGUGAACCUGUGGCAGUGCCAGCAGGGACGGGUCGGCUUCUCGCAGGUUCUGGAAGGGUUGAGUCCUUCCAGAUCCGGGCCGGCGUUCUGGGAUGAGAUGGAUGGAAGUGGCGCCAACCAGUACGAUGAAGCCGCCAGUUACAUCCAGUAUCUGUCCGUAUAA